CUUGAAAAUUUUUCCCCAAGACUUAUCUCUAAAUUUAUUUAGAAACAAACUUUAUUUUGGUAAAUAUAUAACUUCAUCGGGAAAAAUACAUGCGUUUCUAUCUCUUUUUUUCGUCUGGAAAAUAUGCUAACUUUAUUCUCUCAAUAUUAUAAUUUGAUGAAGAGGCGGGUGCAAAUGCAGUGAGACAAGCACACGCACACAGACGCGGGCGCGUAUGCGCCUUCCGAUCCGGGCCCGACUGACAGCUCGCAUCCGUGUCUGGUUUUCUCGCCUCCCCUCCAGCCCGGAGACGACGCGCUCGACACGGGCUGAGCCCGAAGAAGGUCGGUGUCUGGCAGGAGGGAGCGAGGAGAGCGAGCGGGGCUGCCCUGGCCGUGGUUGUGUGACACGAGAGGGUUUGACGUUUUGACGACGAGGAGCGAGCGAACCGCGCGGCGACGUGGCCACCGGGCACCCCCCCCCCUCACCCCCACCCCGCUGCUCUGCUCGCCCGCCAGCCUGUCAUGACCGCGUCGGUCUGGACGCCCAGCAGCAGCGGAGCGACUCGCCAUCAGCGGCGGCGAGCUAAAUUUGCCGAGGAGGGGAAAGGCAUACAAGGUUUGACGGUCUCCGCGGAGUAUUAUUAGCACUUCAGACGGCGCAACCGACUCUCCCUCUCUGGUCAUGCACUGCCAGUUUCCACAACCCCGAAAAACACAAUAAAGGUGGAUUUUAGACAGAAUUGAGACCAAAAUCCGGCUCCCAUGCUGGCUGUAAAAAACCCUCGACUCCAUAUCCUCAGCCAUGCCUGCCACCACCAAAUCCACAAGAAGACAAACCCACACUCAGAGAAAAAAUGGCCAGAAAGUCGCCGACACCAGACGGCAAACCAGCAACUCAAAUAAGGGCAGGGGACGAGCCUCAGAGCGUCUCCAAAAAGUCACAACUGCUCUCACACGGUCGACUGCCAGGGCUCAGUCGCGAUCGGGCCGGAGCCCUCGGGGACGGGGGACUGGUAGCCGGUCCGCAUGUCAGGGCAAUGCAUCUCUGGGUAGAGGUAACCAUGCCAUAAGUGUAACAGGAUCCGCAAGACUCAAAGGGUUGAGCAAGGUGCCUGAUCACUAUUGUGAGUUGGAUGACACCCUAUGGCGGAGGAAGUCCCCACGGGGGGCGCAGGUGUCAGCUGAUUCCUGCUUACCACCCAAAUUGUGCAGGGGUGCGAGGAAGACGAGAGGAAGAGGUAACACCCGCAGGCAGCCGUCGAAGACCAGCAACAACGACCCGACUACUGAUGAGGAGCUUGAGAAAGCACCCCUCGAACAACUUCUGCCGGUUUCUCUGAAAACUGAUUUCCAAGGUCCCGCUCACGUCAAAGAUGCUAAGGAAGGCAGCCCCCUCAAAGCAGACUCUCCGCCAUGUAAUGACAACCUGGAGGACUGUGUUCCUCUAGACAACCAGACAAGUAUAAUCAGUGAGAAUGUGGCUGAGGCACCUUUGAGUGAAGACCAGCAACCAGACCCCUGUGACGUUGCUAGUAAAGAUAGCCCCAACGAACUAGCUGCUACAAGGAUUGCCUUCGCUGUUUCGCAAGGACUGCAAACAUCUUUUACGCGACACAAACCCAGGCUUGUCACGGAUGAUGAUGAUGAUGCAAUUUUAGUAGAGACAAUGACUGACAACACAGCCAACUCCGAGAUAAUGCAAGAGAGACUGGCAGAGAAAACAUCUGAGAGGUCGGAUGAGGUGAACCAAGAGCCGGCGGACGUUGUUGGGGAGCUGGCUGAUUGUGAGGGACUACCAAAAGAGAACAGUUCUACUGAAUCACUUCUCAGUGCGCCAGUUCUCUCACAUCCUCUGGAUACAACUCAGUCCAUCAAUGGACCGCAAAAACAGUCGCUUGACAAGGUGCUAACUGUCCCAAACACAGCUACCUCAAAUCCCACCAAAGCCCCCAAAACCUCAGAGUCAUCCCAACCGGAGGUUCUGAGGCAGGACGGGACAAACAUGCAAACUUUGGUUCAUGGUGCUAAACCUCCAGUCCCGAAAUCCUCUCUUGUACCAGAGACCUCGAUGUCGCAACGUACCAACCCAGCAGCAAGGAGUACCCCGGUUAUUAUCCGUAGUGACUCCCUAAAGGCAAGGAGCUUCUGGGAGCGACUGCAAACUCUUGCGAACCCCCCUCUUCCUGCACCACAAGCCAAAAAUAGGAACCCCUCUCCUGAACCAACGGUGCGCCACAGUCGGGUUGAGACUCCAGCAGAGUGUAACCCAGUCUUCAACGAGGACAGUGGUGUAGCAGUCGGAGCGCCUGAGCUAGACCUGCCCCCAAAGAUCUCAACCCCCUCUCUGGACGGCAGCUCAGCCUUCUCCUACAGCUCGGAGAGUACGCGUUCCUCGUUCUCUUUGGAAACAGAGUCUGAGCAGGGCUAUGGCGAAUCCUUGGUAUCCUGGGGGUGCGAGGGAGGACGCUGCCCGCCCUCCUGGAAGCAACAGCAGCGCAAAGAGCGGCGAAAGCGGAGCAGGUGCGGGAGGUGCGAGCCGUGCCUGAGGACCAUCAGCUGCGGCCGGUGCAGCUGCUGUCUCAACCGCAGCACUGGCCAUCAGAUCUGCAAGUUGAGGAAAUGUGUGGAACUGAAGAGGAGGAGGCCGUCGAAGCCGCUCAUUGUACAGGUGGUUCCAGAAAGUGGGUCGUUCAAUGGCAAAGGGGAGGCACAGAUGGAUGGCACCCACAUGGCGGCAGAGGAGGGCGAGGAGGAGGAAGGCCACAUACAACAUACAAAAACUCCCCCCGUCACCAGCUCGCUUCGCCACAACCUGGACAUCGGCGGACGGCCGGCACUUAUUCAGCGAGAGCUCGGGCUGCAGCUGAACAACAUUGCACUUCACCAACAUGUACGCCCUUCUGUGAAUUCCCACAACGGUUCCUCCGAAAACCCGACAAACGGUGCUAAUGUGACGGCCGGGUGUCACGCUGACCUGAAGUCUGCAUAUCACAGGGCUAUGAUGGCCUCCGAGCCUCAAAGGAGCAAAACCGCCGGCAUCCCUUCCGACAACGGACCUAAGACUCCGCCGCAUGAUACGUCGGUCCCGCUGAAGAGGAUCAAACUGGAGGAGAAUGAAGAGGUGAUCACCGCGCAUUUGGGCGACGAAGAUGAUGUCUGCGAAGACCCUCUGUCCACUUUGGCAGCUGUGGUGUGUCUCUCUGUCACAGAGAGGCGAGGGCUGGAGGAGAAACUCUUCAGCUCACGUCCUUCUGCUCUUCACUGCAUCAAAACGGAACCACCGGAUUUAAACUUAAUCAACAAAGAGUCGGAGGAUUUAAGGAGGGAUGAGUGUCGCGGUCUAGGUAGCCUACCGAGGACUGCCCAGACUAUCAAAAGUGAACCGCCUUCUAAUGACCUGUUACCAAGUGUGCAGUCUUUGGCACAGAAGAGGAAUCUUAGUUUUGACCAGGCGAUCGCCAUUGAGGCCUUAACUCAACUGGCAGCUAUACCUCAACGUACCCCAGUGUUUAUUAAAGCCGAACGAAAGUGUGAAUCUCCCGUUUCUGCGAUCACAUCCCAAGCAACCUCAACACAAGAAGCCAAACCCACAGCGGCAAUCUGCUACAACAAAGUCUCAGUCAUCAGCUCACCGGUUCACCAGACGUCAGUGAUUCACCCGCCUGUGGCCAGACAGGCCAACGUCAUACAACGGUGCCAGGACACGAGGCCACCUGACCUGUCAGUAGACGGUAACGGGGCACCCUGCAGUAGGACAUACCAAAACUUUGGCUCUCGUGUCAUCAAGUCGGAAUUUAACAACGAUCACGAGCGUAACUUUUGGAAGGACCGAGAGAGACCAAAAAUGAUGAGAAACCAAGACGAAGAGGAAGUGGCUGCCCAAUUAGCAGACUUGGCCUUCAUCAUCCAGUCACGACAGAACCAGCUGUCCAUGAGCAAUCGCAUGAAGGGGACCCCGGUGUCAGCCAUCAAAUACAACUACCAUUCUCAGUUAUCCCCCAGUCAGAAAAAGACCCCCAUAAAGAAAACUAAAACGACUCCUCCAAAGCCCAGGAAGAAGAAGAUAAAUGAGGAACCGCAGGAGGGAAUCAACCGAAGGACCCCGUUUUCAAAACGCAAUGGAAAUGCAUCCCAUCGAAGCAAAGGAAAGAAACCCCCCCUGUCCGGCAAAUCAGAUCUCCCCCACAGGAGGAAUCUGUUUCUUCCUCAGGCUCAGAUUGACCUGAAGAGAUACUUGGGUGAGGCCCAGGAGGAAGCAAGGCAACUCAUCCAUCACAGUACAGAGACUCACCACUGCAGGACCAACCAGAGUCUCGGCCAUGAGAACCAGCUAUUGUCUUAUCUGCACAAUCCACUCAACCAACACAAUCCUGUUGCAGGACCAGGGCAGGAAAGGUGUUCGUUAACUCAGGUAGCUCAGCCCCCCAAAGGGCUGCAGCACGGUGCUGAUCACGGGGUGGCUCACCCCGGCCACGCCACCUUCCCUGGUCUGGCCAACAGCCUUUCAGGUGCUCGCCAGUCGCCCCCUCCGAGACAGCAGAGCUACUACAAGCUGGAGAGGUCGGGGCCCGUCACUGUCCUGUCUACAUCUGCUGAUGGCGAUGCGGGCCACUCGGCGGAGUCGACGCCAUCCAAGCACAGUGUCAACAGCUUCCUGGAGUCGCCGAUGGCUUUUCUGGACACCCCGACAAAGAACCUGCUCAACACGCCCUCCAAAAAGCUGUCUGAGCUUCCUUGCUGUCAGUGUGUGGACCAGAUCAUUGAAAAGGAAGAAGGUCCUUACUACACUCACCUUGGAGCAGGACCGAGUGUUGCCGCAGUGAGGGAAUUGAUGGAGAACAGAUACGGCGCCAAGGGGAAUGCAGUGCGGUUGGAAGUUGUUGUCUACACUGGAAAAGAAGGAAAGAGCUCCCAGGGGUGUCCUAUUGCUAAAUGGGUGGUCCGGCGUGGCAGCGAAGAGGAGAAGCUGCUGUGUUUAGUGCGGCGGCGGCCAGGGCACCACUGUGACACGGCUGUAUUGGUCAUCCUCAUUCUGGCGUGGGAAGGAAUCCCGCGGGCGGUGGCGGACCACCUCUACCAGGAGCUCACGGAGACCCUCUUCAGAUAUGGCUCGCCCACCAGCCGUCGCUGCGCCCUCAACGAAGAUCGUACCUGUGCCUGUCAGGGUUUAGACCCGGACACCUGCGGCGCUUCCUUCUCUUUCGGCUGUUCGUGGAGUAUGUACUUCAAUGGCUGCAAGUUCGCCCGUAGCAAAGUGCCACGCAAAUUCCGCCUGCUUGGUGACUACCGGGAGCAGGAGGAGAAGAUAGAGAAAAACCUCCAGAGUCUUGCCACUGACCUUGCACCACUGUACAAGUGCCUCGCUCCUGAAGCCUUCCAGAACCAGGUGGAACAAGAGGAGAAAGGGGACUCCUGCCGGCUGGGCUGGAGGGGGGGACGUCCGUUCUCGGGAGUCACGGCUUGUGUGGACUUCUGCGCUCACGCUCACAAGGACAACCACAACAUGAAUAAUGGCAGCACUGUGGUUUGCACUUUAACAAAGGAAGAUAACCGCGCGGUUCGGAAUAUACCGGAAGACGAGCAGCUCCACGUUCUUCCACUCUACAAGAUCUCCGACAGGGAUGAGUUUGGUCGGGUCGAAGGGCAGUGGGCCAAAAUCCAAUCCGGUGCCCUGCAGGUUCUCUCAUCCUUCCCCAGAGAGGUGCGUUUGCUAGCUGAGCCGGUGAAAUCAGCCCGGAAGAUAAGGCAAGAAGCUCGUCUGAAAGCUCAAGCGGAGAAGCUGGAGAAGAAGCUCGGCUUGAGCCCUCUCACUCCGACUAAAGUAAAGCGGGAAACCCCCACCAAAGGUGAGCAACACGCCCUUUACAACAAAAUCCUGCCUCGCCCCGCUAGCGUGGAUCGGUGCCAGGCCAGCACUUAUGCUCAGAGCUCCAGCAACUACCACCAACAGAGGGACCUCGUGUCACCCAACCACCACAACCACCACCACCACCCGCCCGGUGUUCUGUUUGGCCCCGGCCCCUCGGUCCCGGCGUAUCAGACCACCGACGACGCGCUGAGGGGUUACCUCGACGGCUACCCCUGUACUUUUAAAUCUGAGCCCGGCGAGGCGCACUCUCCCCCGCGCAGACCCUCGGCCAGCGGGAGCGCCCCUCCGUCCUCCUGCGCCUCCUCCCCUCGACCUACCUCUGAGGGCCUCUACAGCAGGCUGAACGGACUCCACGGCUUCGAGGAGGAAGUCAAGCAGGAGGAGGUGUGGUCAGACAGCGAGCACAACUUCCUGGACCACGACAUCGGCGGCGUGGCGGUGGCGCCGUCGCACGGCUCCAUCCUCAUCGAGUGCGCGCGGCGCGAGCUGCACGCCACCACGCCCAUCCUCAAACCCGACCGCCGGCACCCCACGCGGAUCUCCCUGGUCUUCUACCAGCACAAGUCCCUCAACGAGCCGGGCCACGGGAUGGCCAUGUGGGACGCCAAGAUGGCCAAGAGGGAGCGGGAGAAGGAGGAAGAGGAGGAGGAGGAGGAGAGGUUGAGGAUGGAGGAGGGCGGGAGAGGGGCCCGAGGGGAGACGGGGGACGGGGCCGGGGUGAACGGGGAGGACGCGCGGAAGGCCAGGGACGUCCCCACGCGGCAAACGUGGACGCUACCGAGGGACGGGGUCAUCACCGUGUCCCCCUACGCCCUCACACAAGUGACGGGACCUUACAACAGCUGGACUUAAGUCAACACACACACACACACAACACUGUGCUUAUUUAUGCCUUACCUCAAUCAACUUGAGACUGCUUCUCUCGUUUUCUUUCUACCUGGUUUUAAUCAUGCGUUUAUGAUCCCUGUCUUUGGAAGGCUGUUUGAGUAUUUAUUCAGUACCCUCGAUGUUAGGUUUAUGGUCCACGUACUAGUGCGCGCUACACCCGAAGACGACUACAUGUCACUCGUGAGGCAAAGUUGCGCGUUACGCUGCAAAAACUCAAAAAUACUCCGAAGAAUAUUUGCCUUGUUUCUAGUCAAAACUAAUCUGAUUACACUCGAAGUAAUGUAAUAAUAAUGUUGACUCUAAUUUUGAGUGUAAUUAGAUCAGUUUUUACAAUAAAUGACAACAAUAGUCUUGCUAAGAUUUUGAGUUUUUUGGCAGUGUAGUGUUGACAUCAGCACUCCGCUAUUAUGAAAAGCCGUUUGAGCAUUUAUUCCAUAUUCUCGACAUCCAGCAUGAGGUUCACAUACAAGUACGCUUUUUGUCCACACUAGUAGGACAACUACAUAAGUGAGGCCAAACUGUGCAGCAAUUUGAUACUAGUACUACUAUUGAAACUUUAGAUGAAUUCUAUAAUGUCACUAGCAUUACUCGUAGCUCACAGUUGUCAACUAGUGCACAUUUUUAGUAGCCUGUAGUCGCCCUCCUAGAAUGCCAAUGUUUUCCCACUAGUGAGGACAAAGUGUGCACUAGUACACAAACCUUUAAAUUGAGUUCCAAAUACAUGCUCAAACAAAUUUACUGAAGGUUUUUCGAGCAUUUAUUCGAUAUCAAGGAUAACCAUGUUCAGAUCCAUGCACUAGUGCACACUUUGGCAUAGUAGGAUAAAUUUUGCAGACUAGUGGCACAACUGUGUGUUACUACUGUGGCAAAACUGUACACUACUCGACAACAGUGUGCUACUACUAUGAAGUACCGCUCAAGCUUGAUAUCCAUCUGAAUCUCCGUGCGCUAGUACCCGCUUUAUCCUCACAAGUAAGACAAUUCAAUGCACUAGAAGAAAAAUUUGUAGAAAAAAAAUGUUGCCCGUAAGACACGCUCAUUUUAGGAUAUCGAAUAAAUACGCAAACGGCUUACUUGGUGCUCCUUCGUCUUCCUCGGCAAGGAAGGCCAAAGUAUUUCGGGGCUCUUUUUUUUUUUAACUGUGAGUUUUAUGUUUAUUAAAGAGAUGGUGCUUUCAAGCAUUUUUAAGAUGUUUUUAAGAUUUUUUUUUGGUUUUAUAUAUACAAUAUAUACCGUAUACAGCAUAUAUGUAUACACACGAUAAAGAACAAAAAAACGUGAUUAUUUAUUUCCGAUCAUUUCUAUUUAAUUUCUGGUGUUAAGCCUGUUUACUGCAAGACUUCUAUGAUCAUCUGUUGCAUCCAAAUUAGAAUUGCCCCCCCCCCUCCCUCCCUCGCCCCCGCGUUACGCACUAUAUCAUGCAUAUAUUUUACGGCAUAUUAUCUCAUGUAGCAUAAUGGCUUUACACAUCUCCUCCUUCGGUUUCUAUCGUGAAUGAAAGCAAUUAUUAGUUUUCUUGAAGGUUGCUACGAAGCACUUUUAUUUUCCAUUUUCUCUCAAGGCUCACUUGAAAUAUUGGUCCCAAAUGUUAGGCCGAAUUAUGUAUGUACAGAUAGGGCUUUGUCUGUCUCUAUGUGUACAAUCGCAGAAAUAUAAUAACAUUUUAUUUUACAGCAUUCAUCGCAAUUAUAAUUUGCAACAACAACAAAGUGCUUGUCACGACUGGCACUUUUAUGUAUGUUCACCUUCUGCAAAUGGAAUUAUUAAGAGGUGGGAAUCAUAGGAUUUUGGAACUUCGCUGUACAUUUUAUUGGUGCUUGUUCAAAUUUCUGUUUGUCAUACAUGCCGACAUGUUGCCAGUUUGUACUGUAUUUGCAUACAAAAAAGAUAUGUAACUAAAAAGGGUGCAGACAAUUUCCACCAUUGCAAAUUUUUUAAACAUUUGACUGGAAAAAUUUUCAAAUUUGGACCAUUUACUGGUGUGUGUAUAGCCCUCAUUUCAGCUUUUGUUGAAGGGAAAUAAAAACCACUCCAGUAUCACACCAUUCAAGAUUCACCAAUGGCAGUGAAUGUUUAAGCAGUUUUUAACUAUAUCAUAUUUCCAUUCCAGCAUUUGAAUGAGUCUAAAUAGGACGAUCUGAUUUUAUUUUGAAAUCCUUGAAAGAAAUAUCUGCUCAAAUGUGACAUUGUUGGUGACUGGUAACUUCCCCUCGGUGCUAAUAGGACAAGUUACUUCACUGACUAAACGUGGUUUUAUACUCAAUAGGGAUGGUGCUCUUUUUAAAAUAAAAUAAAAUAAUUAAAAAAAACUGUAUUAGAGUCUAUACAAAAGUACAGUUGAUUUGGAAUGACACACAAUGAAAUGAUUGUAAGCAUGUUUGGAAUCAGUUCAAGUACAGGAAACUCCACAAAAAAAAAACAUUUUGAUUUAUUGUAUGAGUCCAAAUUACAAAAUAAUUUUUUUAAAUUAACCACAGGCUAUCACCAGCAUUUAAAAACUUGGAAAAAAAAACACUUUUUACAAUCGUCAGAAUAUUGUGUAAAUAUGUAUGUGAACUAUAUUGUUUUUUACUGUAUUGUGUGUAGACAAUGGAUGCUCUUGCUUAUUUUGCAACUGAAUUACUGUAC